AGUGAAUGGCUUCUUGGGAUGAAGCUGCUGAGGUGAAGACAAUCGUCGGGAGAUGUGCACUACAGAUACUGCGAUGCGAUCUACUACGUACACACAAUGUGUAUUUAUACAUGUAUGUAUGAGGCUUGAGCGACUGGAUGAGGCCCACAGGCUACAGCAGGAUGAAGCAUAUUUGGGAACUCCUCGCGUCCGAAUGGGUGAUGUGGAUCAACCGCCGGACAUUUUUACUGACUGAGGAAAGUUCAUCUCUGAAGACAAACGAAAAUCUUAAAGCUCUUCUAACAGUACCUAAUGGAGUUCAUGAUAUGGGAUCUCUUCAAGUGAAGUCAAAUCAGAAAGAUUUAACUGUUUCAGGUCAAAUAUUAUCUCUGGAGCAUAUCCCUGGGAGUAAUCUGGGACAAACAGAAACAACAGUGGACAGCUUAUUUGAAUAUACUAUUCAAAAUGGACAUGGAGUUAUUUUACUGGGCAAUGUACUGAUGGUUCCUGGAAAUUUUGGUAAGGACCUUUUAUUUGGAAUAUCUGCCUGAUUUAUACUGAAUUUGAAAUUCACUUUGAACUUUUGGUUCUGGGUGUGUCCAAGCAGAACAUUUGCUUUCAAAAGUUAACUACUGCAUGCUAAGGAGAACCUAAAGACAGUGUGGUCCUGCUUUAGGUUCGACAAACAGAAGCAUGCCUGGAGAGAAAAAUAAAAAGACAGUGGCAACCUAAAGAUAUUGUCUUGCCUGCAUUUGUUUUUGCUCUGUUAUGUCGUAUGUCUGCUUUCCAUAGGAGAACGGUAUCCUACAACAGUUCUUAUACAUAACGUUAUAUUUAAAUCUUUUCUGGCUAGCUCCUUUUUUUUUACCAUCUUAUAUUAUAAACGUUCUCUUUAAUUUCCAUGUUGCGUACAUCUCCAUUUUUAGAUAUUACAAGUCUGAUUUUUGUUUUGAGAAAAUAGCUGCUUGAGCUUCCUGCCACAUUAGUUGGCUCUCCUGCUCCGAUGCUAACUACGCAGAGGAAGCCCCUUAGGUACUUACUGUUUAAUGCAGUGUCUAUUCAAUGCAUUGCCUUGUUAGUUGUAAACAGUCCCGUUGUGGUGACAGUGUGUGUUAGUCAAUCCCAUUGUAGUAACAGUGUGUGUUAGUCAAAGUUCAGUUUGAUGGUUUUUUUUUGACGGAAAAGCAGCUUUGAGCUGUUUUCAUUAAUGUAGAGAAGUAAAGUUCAGAAUAGUUACAGAUCUGUAGACUAUCCUAAAUAAAAUGAAAAAGAAAAGGGAGCAGAAAAAGAGUUGCCUAAAGGCUACAGCACUGUUAUUACUUCAGAGUUGCCCAAAGGCUACAGCACUGUUAUUACUUUUCCAUCCUUACCUGUAUGCUAACUGUGCUCUGAGGAGAAUGUUUUCACUCAUGAAGAGUCGGAUUGUCGACCGCGGCGAAUCCAAACCUGCUGAAGGCACUUCAUGAAUCUAAUAGGUUCGAAUCAUGGACAUGUUUUUUUUUCCUCUUCUGCAGAACUGCAUUGGCUCAUUAAAGCGGGAGCGUUGAAAAGGGUAGAUCCAUUUGACAUUCUUAUCCGUGUGAAAGACAGGAGGAGGGGAGCUGAGGUAGAGCUUGAUAGCCGUACAUACCCACUGGCACAUACAGCAAUGUGGAUGUAUGAGGCCUUGAUGGCUGCAGAUCUUGAUAGAUCUUGCCGUGUGGAAGAGAUAAGGAGGAGGUGAACUGGGCUGAGCUGUAUGUCUUGAUAGCCAAGACCUACACAUCUACACUACAGACACAUACAGCUAGCUUUUAAUUCCACGUGAGUAUGGACCUAUGAGAUCAAGCGAGAUUUGGUCCCAAACGUUCCUCCAGUGAGAAACAUCCAGGCCUGGGGUCGAUCUGAUUUCCCAUAUCCAGUGCAGUUCAGAUGGCUUUACUGCCGUACAAUCCCGCAUCAUCCCUAACCCCUGUGUAGAUUAAGGGGACCACUAUACUAUAGUUAUAGUUCAGGAGGUUAAGUAGUGGAUUCUUUUCCUUCUCUACAUUUAUUUACCCCGAGUAUUAG